GUGUGCACCAACAGGAAGCAACAACACUUAAUGCAUGGCAGUGCAUCAGAGCAGCUCACCCCAUCUUCCUGAGGCUCCACAUACAGCUCAUCACCGAUCCGGGACAGAGAAUGGAUGGCUUUGGCCAGCACUGGACGUGUGUAAGAUCUGAGGAACGCUGCCGUGCACCAUCUCUCCUCCCUUUAACCGGUGAUGUAAAUGGUUGUUGCUGAAGAGGUGUGACUAAAACAACCUUCGUGUACUGAAACCACGGACAUUUGGUGAACAGGAGACACGAGAAGACAUAAGUUAGAAGCUGUUUUACGUUGGACACCAAAAGAGAGAGACUGCUGCUGAAACUUUUGAGGAUUAUGGAUGAGUGGAGGAGUGGAGGCACUAAGACAGUCGAACAUCCAUGAGACAAAAGAAGAAAAUAUUUUUAGCUGAGAGAGUUAUACCUUAAGAUGAUGAAAACAGAUAAUAAUGGAAAAAUAUGGAGCAUGAAAAAAGGAAACAAUCAUCACAGGAGUCUUAACCACGCAAGUUGGACGUUGGGUGACGUGAUUCAUACAGCUUAUUUCUUCUAAUGGUCUCUUUUUUUAAAGUGACGCAUUACACAAGACUGUGGAAUCCCUCCCUGUUUAUCUUACAGUGUUCACAUUCACUCAUCAUUGACAUGCUUUUCUGUGAUUUCUGGCUUUGAUACAAAGCAGUUGUAUUCCUAGAUGUCUCAGUCACGUAAUUCAACAGACACUCAGGCCUUGCUGCAGUCCAUGCUGCAGAGACUGAAGCUCCAGCCAGGAAGAGAGGGCCAGACAUACCUGCACACAACUCUACCCAUCACAGCUCCUUCCACAUGGGGGCAAGCUGGAGAGAGAGGAGCCUCCAACCUCCAGAGAGUAAACAACAGUCCUGUAAAUGGCUUUGAGUUUGGUACCAAUGGUGUCCCCUCAAAACAGCUCGGUAUCUCUGCUGUGGACGGUAACAUUGGUCAGGGAAUACAACAACCAUUUCAUGGCAGUGAAGUGGACAGUGGUCUCAUUUCCUUUCCCACCCAGAAAGACAACAUUGAUGACACGGGUGAGAAAAGGGUUUUGGGACAGGCCACGCAGCCUGGGAUCACCUCAACGGGAACAGGGCAGCUGUUUCCUGUUAAAUCACUUAAGCAUGCUGAUAUCACUUCCUCUGAGAGGACUGAUGGGGAAAGGGUGAGUUUUGGCAGUUCUGCAAUGACGAGGCACACCCCUAGUGAUAAAGAUGCUGUAACAAGCAUGGGACAGAAUCAGGACCUGGACCGGGGUUUUACACCCAGAGUCUUUGUGUGGUCCUCGAAGCCCACAGAUGCAAAUGUUGACACGGGAAGUCAAGGGGAUAAAGUUUUACAUAUGGGAAAUGGAGGAUUUGGAGAUUUGGCACAAAGUAAAGGCACGCAGAUUGUCCAGACUGACCAAAACACAACAAACAACAGCUCUAGGAGAAAGCAGCGACCGUCUGAGAAUAGAACAAGAAGAUGGACUCAGAAGAUCAAGGAGAGAUGGAGGGACAGGCCGGGGAGUUUUGGCAAAAAGGGAAAAGAAGAAGAAGGGAGGGAAGACCAAAAGAGUAUGCAGGGAACUGAGAUUUCACCCCAAAACCAGCUACUGGCAGCAGAAACUCUCAUUACCACAUCAAUUAAGGAGGAAGAAAGGACCCCUGCUUCACUAGACAGUAGUGAUACCAGUGUAACCCCUCCUACACACACAGAAGACAGCACUAGCAAAGGACGUAUGAGGUCUGCUAGUGACUUUGAGUUUGGCCUGGGCUCGUUUAGCUUACUGGAGGAGAUCGUCACAGGCCAAGAGUGGGCCAAGUUCCUGAAUCCCAACCUAUCGGUCACCUCAGCCAAUCAGAGUCCAUCAGAAGAACAUAAAAUCCCAGCAUAUCCUUAUGAUAGCAGUCAAUCAUCUGUGAACAACCAGUGGAGCUUCAGGGGCACUGAGGCGUCACCAGUUUCAAAUUUCAGCAUGGCGCAAAUAUCGCCUGUUCCUCUCCUUCCUGUCAGCAUGGACCUUUCAGAAGGAAGACAGCAGCAAAUUCACAGAGAGGCUGACCAAUCAGAACCAAUGGAGGAUGGACAAACCCAAUCAGAUAUGCAGUCUAGAGACAGUAGACUGGGACAGCGACUUAGACCUGCGUCCUUUGUGCAGCCUGCAGAUAUUCUGAACAACUCAGCACUGAAGAGCAGAGCCCACCACAACAGAAAGAGACAGCAUCAGUCAGCUGAAAGGCUUCAAACUGAGAAAAUAAGUGAUGCAGACAGAGGGGGGUCCCUAUCCUCACUGAGCCCGUCAAGCAGCCAUGUGAUGGAGGAGUCAGGAGAGUCAGGAUGUGAUAAUGUCAUCCCUUUAUACACCCUAAACUCUCCUCCUCCACCGCUCUCUCCGUCUUCUUUUAGUCCCUUUGCUCCUGCACCCAGGGGUGUCCUCAAACACUCCAUAUCCCAGGAUUCAGAGUCCUCAGUGGAAGUAGUGACAAAAAGGCGGCGCGUCGAGGAGAACCGACGGGUUCGUUUUUCAGAAUCGGUGAUGACCAUAGAGCCUCCAGAGCUGGAUCUGGAUGCUACAGACUCAGAGGAGGAUUCAGGAGCGGACGAGGACUCUGUGAUAGAGCAGGGCUGUGAGGUGGAGCAGGCAGUGAUAGAGGAGGUGGCACCAGCAGCACGUCGGCCUGCUCUCCCUGCCUGGAUACUGGCUCUGAAGAGGAGGAAGCACAGAUAAUGAAACUGCAGAAAAAUAAGCAUCGUCUUUCUUAAAAUAAAUUGAUAUUAAAUUAAAUCAGCUGAGACAGAUUGUCUUAAAACCCUGGAACAUAUGAAUUGCAUCAUAACUUCAACUUUUUGGGGAUUUCUUUAAACUUGUCUCACAUUAAGAGUAAGUUCUGCAGUGCACACAGGAAGUUUGCUAACUGGAUUUGUUUCUGGGCGCCUCUGUGUGUCUUACUGCUCCUCGUCCCUCUCCAGACCACCACUGUGCUGAGAGUAUUUCAAGCCAUGUACUGCCACACUGCUUUGCUAAGCAGCACUUUAGGAGCAGCUGUUAAAGGGGAAAAGAGAUCAGACUUUUCCAGCUGCACCAGAGGUUUGAACUGGCAACAAUUCUGACCUCCUCAGCUCACAAGGACUAUGGUUUAAGCAUCAACUGUCAGUUUUAAUUUAAGAGACUUGUUUUUGUCCACACUCUCCUCUCUGUCUGUCUAUCUAGAUUGGAUUAUAUACAGCCAACGUGGCACGAGCUGCAGAAGAGUUGAGGCAAUUUAGUUGCUGUAUUAUUGCACCAGCUUUUACGGACAGACUACUCUGCUGUCUGUGUCUCUUGGUAAUGGCUCCCUGUCCGGCCAUCCUGGAAAUUAACCGCAGAGAAGGAAAGAAAUAUGAGUUUAGAGGUGAAGCAGUGGCAGAAACCACUGAUAGUCUGUGGCUCUCUGUUCAACUCUUGAAAUGUUGAAACCGUAUUUUGAAACCAAUUGUUUCCUGGAAACAAAAUGCCUGAGCACUGAGAUAUUACAUCUUGACAAUAUUAUUUGUUUAAGCUUUUACCGACUGGCCCUAGAGCUACAGUGAUGCUUCAAUGUGGGUGUAGCAACGUUGGAGAGCUACGAGACUAAAAGAAUAGUUUGACAUUUUGUGGAAAUGUGCUUAUUCCCGUUCUUUCUGUGAGUUAGAUGAGCCAAUGUCAAUGUCUGUGUGUGUUUUUCAUUUUUACACUUUUGUAUGAAUUAAACAAAUUAUAUAUGAUCAGUAGUAAACUUUAGAUGUGCUGGUUGGUGAAUUCUGUUACUUCUGGACAGAAACAAGGCUAGCUGUUCUCAGUCUUUGUGCUAAGCUAAUUUUCAUACCUGGAAAAGAAGUGCAGACGCUUCUGCUGCCGUACCACCAGACAUUAAGACAGCUUCUUCCCUCAGGCUGCCAUCCUCAGCACUUCAUCAUGCAAAAUAUGUUUUUUAUUUUUUUAUUUUCAUGACAUACUAAUCCAUUUCUAUUUUGUUUUACAAGUAGCAACAAUAAUCUAAAGUUCAUUAUAUGUUGUAAAUGACAAUAAAAUAACCUUGAAUAUUUACAGCUCA